GCCAUUGACUACGACGGCCUGGAGUGCCCGAACAACUCCCCAGUGGGCUGUGCCGCGAGUGUGGCUGGCUUCAUCACUUCCAUCAGCUGGAUCGCAUCCUACCUGUCCUUCGCGGCCAACGCCUGUGGCCAGGCCGUCAACUCCGGUGCGAUUUGUGCUGGCGACUUCACGGCGUUGAUGGCCAACUUCGGAGAGAUUGCCACCGUGGGUGCCGCUGCCCGGGCGGACUGCGACUUCGGCAAGAACGCCCUCCAGAUCCUCACGCGCACCGAGACGAUCUCCCCUCCCUGGAAGCAGUUCAUCCCUGCAGGAGCCUCUCCGCCCUAA